AUGCAUAAGAUAUAUGUAGUUUGGCCUUGCAUUCGAAUUGCGGAGACAACAUGAAGAACCUCAACGUGUUGCCGAACCCUAGUGGCAGGAUUUCCCCGUGCCGUUCGACGUCUCCAACACUCAGCCUUGUCCGUUUUGUUACUCCUUCUCCUUCUUUAGUUCGGUGUCAUAGUUCUCUAACUCACCACACUUUCAGGUGUGCAGUGCUCGGUGCAGGAUUUGCUGGCCUCUCUGUUGUUUGGCAUUUGUUGAAGCAAAGUCCUAAAGAGUUGAAUCUGAGAGUUGAUAUAUACGAUGAAGUGGGCAUUGGGGGUGGUGCUUCUGGAAUUUCUGGAGGUCUUCUUCAUCCUUAUUCCCCGAAAGUUAAGCUUCUCUGGGAGGGUGCACAGUGUUGGAAAGAGAGCAUGGAGCUUUUGAGAGUUGCUGAAGAAGCUAGUGUCUCCAAAGAUUACAGAACUGGAGAAUCUACUGAAAAUAUGGAAGCUUUUGUAGCUCACAAAAGGGGCAUCUUAAGACCGGCAACAGAUAUGAAGAACAUGAUCAAAUUGAAUGAUAACGUCAAGACUUGUCUUCCUAGCUGCAGAGUACAAACACUUAACAAUGGAGAGGCUCAAAGCCUUUUACCUGGUGUAUAUUUACCAUUCAACACAGCUUUCUAUAUGCCUGAAGCUCUAAGUAUCAAUUCUGGCCACUAUCUUCAGGCACUUUUCCGAGGAUGUGAAAUUUUGGUGAAAGAAUCAUCAAGUCUUGAUUCUUCACAGAAACAGCUUAAAUUGCACAAAAGAUCAGUUGAUAGGCUUUCUGAGUUUGAAGGGGAAUAUGAUGCAGUCAUCGUAUGCCUUGGCGCCAAGGUGAACAUGCUUCCUGAGCUUUCUGGGAGGCUUCCUUUGAGGACAUGUAGGGGUGUGAUUGCAGAACUGGAAUUGCAUGAUGAUACGAAAGGUUAUCCCGAGAGGGCCCCCUCAAUUUUAUCAGAUGCGUGGAUUGCCGUUCAGGGGCCUCAUAGUCUGAAUUUGGGCUCAACUUGGGAAUGGAAAUCGGUAAAUUCAUCACCAAAUGUUUCGAGCGAUGAAGCUUCGAAAGCUCUUGAGGAGCUUUUGCCAAAGGCAUCUACCAUUUAUCCUGGAAUAAAGGAUUGGGUUUUCACUGGAGCAAGAGCUGGUCUGAGGGCAAUGCCUCCACUCACCACCCUUGGAUCACUUCCACUUUUGGGUUGUAUUAAUGAUAUAAUAGGCAGAAAUCACACUUGUAAGUAUUGGUUAUUUGGAGGGCUAGGUUCAAGAGGAUUGCUAUACCAUGCUUGGCUAGGUAAUUUGAUGGCACAAGCUGUGCUUUCCUUUAACGAGGAAGUAAUUCCAUCUGAGUUGAGAUCUUGGAAAGCCAUUGAACCAAAAUGUAGCGUUCUGCUCUAACAAUGUUCAAUUUAGAGGAGAAAUUUUGCUGAGAUUUGAAUCUUGUUGUAUAUUUGUUGAAGGAGAACUAUUUAAAAUUUCGAAUGCCCAAGCAGUUGUCAAGUGGUUCGGAUUA